AUGACCCGCUCACUCACCCCCGCCAAAGAGGAUAUUGACUUUGUCGAAAGCACUGAGUCGGGCAUCCCUUCAACGUACGCCGAUAUUGCAGCAUCUCGCCUUUCCAAGGCUCAUCGUGACUAUCUGCUUGAGCGCCAUGGCACUUUGGAACUCGACCCCAUGCCUAGCAUGGAUCCCGCAGACCCUUAUAACUGGCCCUCUUGGAAGAAAAUAGUCAACCUUCUCUUGGUUGCGUUUCACGCGUGCAUGGGAACUUUUGCUGCUGCAGGCAUCAUCCCCGCUUAUGAGACGAUUGCAACGGAAUAUGGCGUAUCUAUCAACGAUGCGAGUUACAUGACUUCCAUCCAGAUUGCAGUACUGGGCGUAGCACCAUUAAUCUGGAAGCCUCUGUCCAAUAGAUGGGGCCGUCGUCCAGUAUUCUUGUUGUCCUUGAUCUGCAGUCUCAUCUGCAAUAUAGGGUGUGCUGAAAGCACAAGUUAUUCGUCUCUUGCAGUUUGUCGUGCCUUGCAGGCAUUUUUUAUCUCCCCAGCGUCCGCUAUUGGAAGUGCCGUAGUAAUGGAGACAACAUUCAAGAAGGACCGCGCCCGGUAUAUGGGAGUCUGGACCCUGUUGCUCACUUUGGGAAUUCCGAGCGGACCUUUCAUCUUCGGUUUCGUUACGUAUCGGUUGGGCUAUCAAUGGAUCUACUGGAUCUUGGCCAUAAUCAACGGAGGCCAGUUUGUCCUAUAUCUGUUCUUCGGGCCCGAAACUCGGUACGUUGGGGGUGACUAUGACACAAGUAAGCCCGCCUGGGUGCGAGAAUAUCUUCAGCUGCGACGAAUUGAUCCCACACCUUUGUCGCCAUGGGAUUUCAUCAGACCACUGGGCAUAUUCACGUACCCUUGUGUCGCGAUUCCAGCUGCCGCGUACGCCAUGGUCUUUUGCUUGAGCAACGUCUUGACCACAGUCGAAGUUCCGGCCCUGUUGCAGAGUAAAUUUGAACUGAACGCCGAACAGCUGGGUCUCCAAUUCCUUGGUCCCAUCGUUGGCUCUCUCAUAGGCGAACAGCUAGGCGGUCUUUUGUCCGAUCGCUGGAUGAGACUGCGCGAAAAGCAGAUCCAUCGCAAGCCCCAGCCCGAGCAUCGGCUUUGGCUCAGUUACAUCGGAUUUCUGUGCUCAAUUGUGGGCCUUGUUGUUUUCCUGGUCUGUACUGAACAGUCCACGGAAGGCCACUGGAACAUCCGUCCUAUCAUUGGCAUUGCCAUCUGUGCCGGCGGCAACCAGAUUGUAACCACCGUUCUCAUCACAUAUGCCGUAGACUGUUAUCACACGGAGGCGGCCAGCAUUGGAGUAUUCAUCACGUUCGUUCGUCAGAUCUGGGGCUUUUUGGGUCCAUUCUGGUUUCCGUCCAUGUUCGAAUCUGUUGGAGUCGCUGCCAGUGCCGGAGUAUGCGCCGCCCUCAUCAUGGGCGUUAGUUUCAUUCCCACGGCUCUCGUUCACUGGCAAGGACGAUCCUGGCGUCCGUCCCUCGAGGAGUAG